AUAAGUAAUCCUAUUGAUAUAUAAUUUUGGAUCAAUAUUCACUAAAUUAAAUUUGAUUGACGAUUCUUUUUGAAAAAUGUUUGAAGAAAUUAUUGAUACAGCGCGUACACUGAACACACUCAAUUUGACAGUUAAGAUUUUGGUGCCGGUGAUUUGCAAUAUUUGUGUGCCCUUAGUUUUUUUUAUGGUCGGUACUAUUAUUUGUUUACGUGUAUUAUUGCGUCGAUAAAAAGUUCUAAGCUGCAUAAAGUGACGUGGAUAAUUUCACGAAAAUCAUUUCCAAAUUCUGAAUAUUUAGAAACUCAAAUUUGACAACAACAAAAGUGCAAUGUCCCAACAAAGCGAUAAAAUUCUUGUACGUGUCCAAUCUGCUGAAGGAAUUAAACGUAUUGAAGUAUCUCCAAAUUCAAAUAUCAGGGAAUUCUUUGAUAUUAUACAGAAGAAACUUAAAGUUGAUGGAUUUGGUAUAUUUAGAGAACGGAAUUUUAUUACUGAGUUGCAUAUAAAUACACCACAGAAGGUUGGGGCAAUUCUCAAACAUGGCGAUAUGGUUUACUUAAAACAAAUGGCUGGCAACUCCAUGAGGAGAACUAGUACAGUUGCUAUUGACGAUUUUGAAACUUCAACAGCAGAUGAUGUGCCGACAACAAGUGCUAAAGAAUUUAGACCAUCAGUAAAUAUUACUGAAGAUGAGGUCGAUCUAUUGUUAGCAAAAAUGGAUGGUCUUAUUCAACGUGAGCGGGAUAGCAAAUUAUGCCAUCAUAAUGCUAAUGGUCGUUGCUUACAUUGUUCUCCUCUGGAACCAUAUGAUGAAACCUAUUUAAAAGAUCAUAAAAUUAAGCAUCUUUCAUUUAACUCAUAUAUACGUAAACAAAAAUCUGGUAUUGAUGGUAAAUAUGUAGCGAUGGAUGAUAUUAAUUGUCGCAUUAAACCUGGCUGUCGUGAACAUCCACCAUGGCCAAAGGGAAUCUGCUCCAAAUGUCAGCCGUCAGCUAUAACUUUAAAUCGUCAAGUUUAUAGACACGUUGACAAUGUUAUGUUUGAAAAUACAACAAUAGUGGAGCGUUUUUUGAAUUACUGGCGUGCAACAGGUCAUCAACGCUUGGGGUAUCUAUAUGGUACAUACGAAGUACAUACCGAUGUACCAUUAGGCAUACGCGCUAAAGUUGCAGCAAUUUAUGAACCACCACAAGAAUCAACUAAAGAUUCUAUUAAAGUACUACACGACGAAGGUGCUAAAGAUGUUGAGGAAGUGGCUGCAGCGUUAGGUUUAAAGAAGAUUGGAUGGAUAUUUACUGAUCUUAUUACUGAAGACAGUGCAAACGGUACUGUUAAACAAUUGCGUGGCAUUGAGACUCAUUUCCUAACAGCUCAAGAAUGUAUAACUGCUGGUGAACUUCAAAAUCGUCAUCCAAAUCCUUGCAAAUAUUCUUCAAGUGGUUAUUUUGGUUCGAAAUUUGUUACAGUUUGUGUUACAGGAGAUAAAACUAAACAAGUUCAUAUGGAAGGAUAUGCAGUUUCUGCACAAUGUAUGGCUUUAGUGCGCGAUAAUUGCUUAAUACCAACUAAGGAUGCUCCUGAACUUGGCUAUGUUCGUGAAUCAUCAGAUAAACAAUAUGUACCGGAUGUAUACUAUAAGGUAAGUGUAGUGCAGUAA